CGGUGGCAGCGGCGGCGGCGCCGCCUUCCUGCCCGCGGCGCGGUGCGGAGCGGCGGCCGGAGCGCCCCGCACAGCCAUGGGCGAUGGGUGGCUGCCUCCGGACUGCGGCCCCCCGAACCGCUCCGUGGCCGGGGUGACGGCCGUGCCGCCCGGGAGCAGGCAGCUGCCCGCCGCCGAGCUGCUGUCGCAGCAGUGGGCUGUGGGCAUGAGCCUGCUGAUGGCCCUGGUGGUGCUGCUCAUCGUGGCCGGGAACGUGCUGGUGAUCGCGGCCAUCGGGAGGACGCAGCGGCUGCAGACCCUCACCAACCUGUUUAUCACCUCGCUGGCCUGCGCCGACCUGGUGAUGGGACUGCUGGUGGUGCCCUUCGGGGCCACGCUGGUGGUGCGGGGCACCUGGCUCUGGGGAUCCUUCCUCUGCGAGUGCUGGACCUCCCUGGACGUGCUCUGCGUGACGGCCAGCAUCGAGACCCUGUGCGUCAUCGCCAUCGACCGCUACCUGGCCAUCACCUCGCCUUUCCGCUACCAGAGCCUCAUGACCAAGGCUCGGGCCAAGGGCAUCAUCUGCACCGUCUGGGCCAUCUCUGCCCUGGUCUCCUUCUUGCCCAUCAUGAUGCACUGGUGGCGGGAUGACGACCCCCAGGCGCUGGAGUGCUACCAGGAUCCGGGCUGCUGCGACUUCGUCACCAACAGGGCUUACGCCAUCGCCUCGUCCAUCAUUUCUUUCUACAUCCCCCUUGUCAUCAUGAUCUUUGUGUAUCUGCGGGUGUACAGAGAGGCCAAGGAGCAGAUGAGGAAGAUCGAUAGGUGCGAGGGCCGGUUCUACGGCAGCCAGGAGCAGCCGCAGACGCCCCUGCCCGCUCACCCUCACCACCAGCCCAUCCUCGGCAACGGCCGGGCCAGCAAGCGAAAAACCUCCCGCAUCAUGGCCAUGAAGGAGCAGAAAGCCCUCAAGACUUUGGGCAUCAUCAUGGGGGUGUUCACCCUCUGCUGGCUCCCCUUCUUCUUGGUGAACAUCGUCAACGUCUUCAACAGGGACCUGGUGCCGGACUGGCUCUUCGUGUUCUUCAACUGGCUGGGCUACGCCAACUCGGCGUUCAACCCCAUCAUCUACUGCCGCAGCCCCGACUUUCGAAAGGCCUUCAAGAGGCUGCUCUGCUGCCGCCGGAAAGCCGACCGGUGGCUGCACAGCGGCGGCGGGGAGCCGGCCCGGCUGCCCGGGGGCUUCGUCAGCACCGUGGGCUCCCCCGAGCGCAGCCUGGCCGGGACCUGGUCCGACUGCAACGGGGGCACACGGGGCGGCAGCGAGUCCAGCCUGGAGGAGAGACAUAGCAAAGCCUCCGACUCGGAGUCCAAGGGUCCAGCUUAGGUGGAAAUUUAUGGCCAGAACCUGCUCUGCUUGCCCUGCUGAAGAAUUGUACUGGGUGAUGCAUCUCCUGGACAAGUGUAAUGGCACUGAGGUAGGAUGAGUUUAGCCCACUGACCUCAGAAGGACCAGCUGUGUCAGCAAAGCAGUCAGGAUUCAUCUGCUGCUGAAUUUUUGCCAGUUGAGGACCUGUUGGAUGAGUCUGGAGGCUGACACGUUGAGUGCCUUCAUAGACAGCUGAAGUAAUCCCACUGGCAGCCUGCACAGGGGAUGCCAGUCCAUCUUGCACGGCGUGGAAAAGGCGGUGGCACAGUAACAGUGAGGACAGAGCAGGACAUAUGGCACACACGUGUGCGAGGAAGGGGAGGCUGCUGGCGAGCAGUCUGCUGUGGAUCACACUCAGAACAGGCUGUUCUCUGCAGGGAAGGAUACUCUGAGAAGCAUUGUGGGGCAGCUGAAAUACUCCGGAGGCAAUGAGUCAAACGCUCAGGAUGAAUAUUUUUUUCUGACGAAAACCAGACGUGGAUUAGCAGUUGGAGCUGCAAGUCAGAAAGAAAAGGUGGUAGGCAUGCGGCCGCACACGUACGUGGGCAGGAAAGCAACAGCAAAGAUCCACAGGCCUGCAGGGAAUGGAGACACAGGUAAAUCAGAAAUCCACUCAGAGAAAAUGUCCUGCAGCUGCCAGGACCAAAAUUAUUUGGCGAGGAUGCCUGGAGACUUCCACAUGGAAGACGCCUGAUUCUCCACGGCGCCGGCCACACUCUGUGCAGUGUUUGCUCAGCACUUCUGAGAAGAAGGCUGCCUCUCUCCACGUGGUCAAAUGGGAAUAGACCAGGUUGAAGGACUGGAUUCAGUUUUCUGUGUGCUUGGGGAAGCUGAGGCUGUUUCAGACACGCAGCAGUCCUCUGCAGAAGGACUCCCCAUCUCUGAGCUGCACAGAAGCCCUCCUGCAAAUCCACUGCACUCCGAGACUGCAACCCUCAGCAUCCACUGUCUAUAGCUCCAAGCAGCAUGGAAUUGUGCAAAAAAAGGUGGUUUAUGAUCUGAACUGUGCAUUUGACAGCAUCAGCUGGGUGUUUGAGUUGCUGCAUGAGCUGGUUCUUACACAGAUGGGCAUCCACAUGUCCUCUACUAUAAGGACAACUUCUUUACCAGCUUUUUUUUUUUCCUAAACACUAUCUGAGGUUGAGGUUUUAUUAAUAACUUUUAAGUGGCUAUUUUGUAAACCUGCAUUGUGCUGCACACUUUCCUAAUUUAUUGUAAUUUCCCGUCUGGUGGAGUGCACUUACUUCCUUUAUGUAAUAUAUCAGCUGCAGGGCUGGAAAUUGGGCAGCUAUGAACUGAAAGGAGCAGACUUCCAUCAGGCCAAAUGCGGUCAGGCAUCAUUGCCACUGGGAGCAGAAUUUGACCUGAUAAUCUAAUCUCAUAAGGGAGGCUAUCUCCAGAAAAGUAUGGUUACCAACAGCAAAUGACCUCUGCUAAUGAAGCUGGAGCAAUUAGUCCUAUUUAAAGCUGUCAAGAAAAUGUUAACUGCAAACAACAGUUAAUGCUGGAUAGUUCAAAUAAUGAGGGUUUUGUUUGCUGGUGUGUGUUAGGUGAUGUGUUGGAAAAUAAUUAUCCUUUGACUAGCAGCCAGCUCUGUACUAAUCAGAAAGGAGGAGUCAUGUUCUGUUUGAAGGAUUAUACCUAAAAAUAUUUCUGUUACCGCCACAUCAACGAGCAAGAUAAAGCAAAUUCAUGGCAAUGUACACACCUUCCUAACGUUUCACUUUUCAUCUUAAAAACUCAUUGUUCAACUGGGACUUUCUGUUUGAUUGUGUCAAGAGCACUAAUGUGAUCUCCUGCAAUAGCACUAAGCACACUCUCCCUGAGGAGCAUUACCCUAUGCACCACUGAGUUGCUUUCAGACCCUGCCAAAUUCCCAAACACCCCAGGAGGAGGUAAGGAUUCUUUCUCUUUAUAUAAACAAUCAUACAUAAUGUAAGAUCAACAAUAUUUGUGACAAUCAUGUCAUAGAAGAAAUCGAUGUGCUUUUUCUCUGAGAUGUUUGUAUGCCUGCCCAUCUGCCAAGAGCA